GUUACUUCAGCGCGAACGUUGAAGGAAAUAAACAAUGACGACCCGUCUGCAAGAAAUUCAGAAUUCAUAUGAGCAUAGAUUCAACUGCAUGAUCUGUUUGUGCCCACGGCUACAAAUGGUGACUGGUUACUGCCAACACAGAAUAUGCACGCAGUGCUUGUAUAAUGAAGAUGGUAUCCGUAAACCUUGUCUAGAUAAUUGUCCUACAUGCCAAAUGGAGGAUUCUUUCCCAGUCAUGAGACCAGCUAUUCCAGAAGAUACUGUAGAAAUCCAGAGAUGUUUGGGAGUCCGAGCAUGUCCCCAUUCUGGUUGUGUAAUGGAGUUGUGGGAAUGGGAAUUGGAAGAACAUUUAAAAUUGUGCCCAAAUCGUCAACCAUCACCUCCUAAACAAACAUCAAAGAAGAGAAAGUCAGUGCGUAAAUCUGAAGAUGCCAGUAAAACUACACGAUUGACACGCAGUAGCACAUUUAACAUAGGCUCUAGGCGGUCCCAAGAUCAUAGAGACAUGAGACGCCAAACACGACGAAGUACACAGUAUCAGACUUUGUAUGAUCAGUAACAUUUCAUUCUGCACUACUUUCAAUGUACUGUUCAUGGAUGAGUGACAGGGAAUAGUUAUGAAAUCUUCCUACUCAUGGAGGAGAGUUUUUGUUUGAAGGGUUUGAAAAUCUGUGAUGAAACAUAUAUUAAGCUUUUUCUCUUCCUGAAAACAAAUCAGGGUUAGAAACUCCCUAAAAUUACAACUC